AUGAGAAUACUCAACUCAUGUUUCAGGAGUAAGAGAGUUCAUAGAAAAACAUGGAGACAUAAAGCUACUGGAAGAUGGAAGCGAAUUGACUACAUCUGCUCUAACAGGUGGAUAGAAAGAAUGGUGGCAGAUUGCCGUGUACACAUUGGUGCUUCACGUUUAUUUGAUACUGACCACCGGAUGGUGAUGAUGAAUAUCAGAUUCCCAGUUUGCGCGAAGAGGAAAGAGGUGUUCAGUAAGCAGAGAAAAAAGAAAAGUCAGAAGGCAAAAACCGACUACUCAGCACUGGUGUAUGAUCCUGAAGUAAGGAGUAAGCUUACUGAACAACUUGAUAUGGCAUUUGAUCAAAUGAUACCAGAUGAUGUAAACAAAUUGAACGAGAUCGUUGUGACCAAGGUCCGUGAAUGUGCUGAUGAGGUGUGUCCUAAAUUGGAAGCAGUGAAGAGAAAAGAACCAUGGGAUGAUGAAGAAUUAAAGAAGCUUAUUGAUGAUCAAAGGAAAUACUACGAAGUUGUGCGCAAGCUCAAUCAUGGAGCAAUACGCUCCAUGGUAGAAUUGUGA